UCCAAUCGGCUGAGCGGGCUUUAGUCAGCCCCUUUCUCACAGGAGAUCCCUCUGCUGAGCACCACCGUGAAUACAGGGCUCGUAUCUGCUGCAGGAGCAUCUCCACUAACAAUUAGCACCGAGAUUCUCCUCUUUGCACUCCUGAAAUUCUAUUCAUUACACUCCCACAGCUAGAGCCACCGUCUCUCCGCCAUCAUGUCUGUAGCGGGGCUGAAGAAGCAAUUCCACAAAGCCACUCAGAAAGUGAGCGAAAAAGUUGGAGGAGCAGAAGGAACGAAGCUCGAUGAGGACUUCACUGAAAUGGAGAAGAAGAUGGACACCACCGCUCGGGCAGUGCUGGACAUCAUGACCAAGACCACUGAGUAUCUGCAGCCAAACCCAGCCACGAGAGCCAAGAUGAGCAUGAUGAACUCCAUGUCCCGCAUGCGCGGCCAAGAGAAGGGGCCGGGCUACACGCAGACCGAGGCCAUCUUGGGAGAGUCCAUGCAGAGGUUCGGCCGGGAGCUCGGGGAGGAGUCGAACUUUGGACUCGCUCUGAUCGACGCUGGGGAAGCCAUGCGUGAGCUGGGAGAGGUGAAGGACGCUCUGGACAUGGAGGUCAAGCAGAACUUCAUUGAUCCAAUGCAGAACCUCCACGAAAAAGACCUCAAGGAGAUUCAGCAUCACCUGAAGAAAAUGGAGGGUCGUCGUCUGGACUUUGACUACAAGAAGAAGCGUCAGGGCAAAGUGACGGACGACGAGAUCAAACAAGCGCUGGAGAAGUUCGACGACUCGAAGGAGAUUGCUGAGCAGAGCAUGUUCAACCUGCUGGAGAGUGAUAUUGAACAGGUGAGCCAGCUCUCUGCGCUGGUCCAUGCUCAGGUGGAGUAUCACAGCCGGGCUGCUGAGAUCCUCACACAGCUCUCCAGUAAGAUCGAUGAACGGAUAAGGGACACCACUGUCAAGCCCAGGAAAGAGUACCUGCCCAAACCCCGCACGUCUCUGGACUUCUCCAUCAGUGAGAACCACAAUGGAGGCAUCCACAGUGCUCGAUCUCCAGGGGCGAGGUCUCCAGCAAGAUCUCCAGCCAGGUCUCCAGCCCCACUGGACCAGCCCUGCUGUCGCGCCCUGUACGAUUUUGACCCCGAGAACGAAGGUGAGCUAGGCUUCAAGGAAGGCGACAUCAUCACCCUGACCAAUAAGAUUGAUGACAACUGGUACGAGGGGAUGCUGCACGGCAACUCCGGCUUCUUCCCCAUCAACUACGUGGAUAUCCUGGUGCCACUGCCGCACUAGGACGUCACGACUCGCAGCUUUGUCUCCAGCGGUGACAAAACAAAAUCCCGGCCUCCAGUUCCUUCCCCCGGUAUUCCCAGUAACCUUCUCCUAAACAUUCCUACUUACCACCUGUGCUCCACGUUAAAGGAGUCAAAACAGCAACAACACAAUAAAGAUACGAACAAGAUUGACAACAGAUGAAAAACAAGUAUGCACCAGAAGUUAAUGAGCGUAAAAAUGUAUUGAGGAGAAAUUGAUGUCGUUGCUUCCCCUUAUCCCAGGAGGUACCUUCAGGCUUCCAUAGUCACCUUCUCCGUUUCUGUCCUGGCUUUUGUCUCGGUUUCAGUUGGCUGUCAGUCCGUCAUGAGUUUAUCAGACCACCUUAGCAAAUUCACAUUUACUCUCAUUCACUAUAUUAUGUGGAAACCAUUACAGUAGAUAGAAACGUUUUUUCUCACAUACUAGGAAAAUAACUGGUCUACGUGCUUCAUGUUUGUUAGAGACUCUAGGUCACAGCAUGGUUUCGAGUGUUUAACGUUUAAUCUUAUAUUUAAAAAGAAAAAAAAGUUAAGUUGAGCUGAUUUUCGUUUUUUUCGUUUUGGAAUGUUCCUCUGUUUGUCUUGGCGUGCUCCGGCCGUCUCCGGAGAAACCGCGUCCCCGUCAUGCUCUAAAAACUCUGCCCCAAAGGACGUCCUCACAUUUUUAACUCAACAGUGUUUUAGACAUAAUCGGUAACUUACAACCAAGAUUACUCAUAGUAUUUUUUUAACAUGCACGCAUGACCCAUCGUAUGUGAUUUAGAUACCAAAGUUACCUGCAGAAACCUGAUUCAACUCUUAACUGCAACGUGUCGGUAAAAAUUGUUCGAUGCAAAAACGGUGAAGCAAUCUCUAGCUCUUUGGUAUUUCUAUCAUGGGGGGAGGGAGGGGGGGUGAAACUGUAUUCUUGAGUCUGUGACAUUACAUAUCUGAGCCAGUUGUUAGUGAAGUGAUGACAUGAUUUGCAAAAACACAAAAGUUGUGAAGUUUAAACCGUCUGAAGUGAUGUAAGAAAACUCCGGUGCAGUCCGUUCCGAGGCUCCAAUGUGUAUUUUAUGAGAAACUUGUGUGACAAAUGGUCGAUGUGUUGUGAUAUAAUAACUUAUAGGAUUUAACUGCUCGGUGGGGGCAACUGUUUUCUCUGCAGCUGAGGGUGAAGCUCUUUUUUGCUGCAUUCCUAAUAGUCCGAUUAGUAUUCUUGUAGUUUAGCUGUCUAGAAGCAACCGACUGAGAAAAGAAACUAGACGUAGCCAACAACGAUACUGUUUGAAAUACUUUCUAACAAAGGAGCGCACACACAGCAGAACGUAACCAGAAAUGACUUCUAUUGGUUUGGAUGGAGAUGUUUUAUUCUUUGAGAUGAUGCAACUGACACCUAAAAAAACCAUUUUUCUUAAUGAUGAUAGUGACAAAAAGCUGCUGGUUUCCUCUUCCCACGUCACGUCAGGCCUCAGUAAAAAUGUUCGAUUUCCCACAUGAUGUUUGAUUUCCUCCUAACCAGCUAUUUGCUCGUAUGCAGUAUUGUGUGGGAUUUGUUUCCCGUCUUUAACUGAUGUACUGAUAAUGUAGAAAUCAAACCAGGUCUCAGUUAUUACACGUUUAGUCAGUCGGGUGCCGCGGUGCACCAUGUCCCCCCCCCGAGGCUUUACUCUCUGCAAUGUCAACAACGUAUUUACCCUCCUGCAAAAGAAUAGGUGCAGCAAUAACACUAGUUUUUCACCCAUCUUGUAGUAAUGUGCGUGUGUUCGGGGGGAGGGACGUGUAAUUGGGUUUGCACACUGUACAUGUAACGCACAGGGACGGGGCUGCAGAGGACCUCCGACGCUGAGGUGUUUAACAUAUACUGUCUCUGACAGUGUUCAGCAUUAAAAACAAACAUGGAUGUCUCUUUAAUCAAAGGACCAAUUCAUUAUAUUCAGUAGAAUUACAAUAAUGAUGCAAACUCGACAGAUUACCCAUAUUAAGUGUUGUUUAUUUGUUUUUUGUUUUUUUAAGGAAGCACAAGUUUUGCAGGCAGUAAACUUUGACUGGGGAAGAAUCACGGUACAGUUUGAAAAGGUCAUUCGUAUUUAUUUUAUUUUAUUUUUUAAAGGUGAUCCGAUUCCUUCCUUUUUUUUUCUCUUUCACUGUUUUUUAACAAUCGUGUGUAUCUUUGCCCUCAAUGAGGACUGUACAGCUUUUGUGUUUUGUUUUCACCUUGUGUGUAUAGUCGCGCAUCUACAGUAACGUAUCUUAUUUUUGUAACUGUGACAAAAGUAUACACAUACAGGAUAGAUGUAUAUAUACAGUAUAUUAUCCAGAAGCGACGUGAGAGGAGGGAUUCUCUGUGCUGCACAUGAUUGUCUUUGGAUUGUUUUUUUUGUUUUCUGUUUUUAUUUAAUUUUAUUCUUGCACUGGAUUUUAAGACUGUAUGCUUGAUGUAAAGAAAAAAAAAGUGAUAAGUCAAUGUAAUUUAUUCAAAUAAAUCCAGAGAAAUGGU